GUGUUGUUUGAUCUGUGUUUGUGUCCAAUUGUCCAUUGUUUUAACACCACGAGUUGAAGGAAAUAUUUACAUUUGAUUAAAUCAUUUAAUGGACAAUAAAUAUUUUAUUUUCGAUUCUAUUCAGGUACCUCAACACCUUCCAGGAGAUCAGGACAAGCAAUGUCACAGAUCAGUUCAAAUGCAGGGUCAGUGUGGGCUCAGCAGUGACUGAUGAGCUGGUUUUCCACAUCACGGUGCGGUGGAUCCACUUCAAGUUUACCAGGAGUAAGAUGGAGGUCAGCGGUGUGAGGAAAGUCCUUAGCAACGAGGAGCUCUGUGUUGUCUCCAAGGGCAUGAAGCUCCAUGACAGUGAACUUCACUUCAGAAUGCUAUCCCUGCCAAAGAAAGGACAGCUCGUGUUCAAAGACAAAGUCUUAAUGAAAAACUCAACAUUUAGCCAGAAGAAUAUAUCUGACCACAUGGUGAAAUAUGAGGUAACUGGUAGGCCUCAUGAGGACACAAGGGACUCGUUUCGUUUCCAGGUAGUCUCCAAACACGCACAUUCAGGGGGUUACGAUUUCAGAAUCAACAUAAAGGCAGAUGUUCAUAGCCUGAUCCUAACAAACAAAGGACUGUCCAUCCUGGAAGGAGAAAGCAAGGUAAUCACCAAGGAUUUGCUGUUUGCUGAAACAGUCGGGGUCAAAGCAGCACUUUAUACACUCACCAGCAGUCCUAAACAUGGCAAAUUAAAGAGGAUCAAUCUCUCUAAUUCUACGUCUAUUAACGAUAACAUCACAGCUUUCACCAAUCAGGACAUCGUAGAGGACCGCAUCAUGUAUGUGCACGAUGGCAGUGAAACCAUGGAAGACGCGUUCACUUUCCACACCACCGUCGCCAAACACACCAAAGCAAACAAUCACAAACGCACACACUCCAAAAAAGAAAACACUCACACCAUUGAUGACAUCUUCAACAUCUCGAUUGCCCUUGUCAAUGACGAGAAACCGGUCCGCGUUGUCGACAAAGUUUUCCACGUGGCCAGGGGCAGGCAGAGGCUGCUGACGUUAGACGACCUGCGCUACCACGACGCUGACUCAGACUUUGAUGACAGUCAGCUGGUCUACACUAGACGGGGAAUCCCCAUGGGCGACCUGGUCCUAGUAAACGACACAGGCCACAAGUUGUACCAGUUCAGCCAGGAGGACCUGCAGCAGAGGAGGGUGCUGUUCAUCCACAGGGGGGUCAGCUUUGGACGCUUCGUCCUAUUUGUGUCAGAUGGGAAACACUACACAUCCACACUGUUGGAGGUCAUUGCCCAGGACCCCUACAUCCAGGUGGAGAACAACACAGGCCUGCUGGUCCAGAAAGGCCAUGUGGCCAUCUUGGGUUCGGCCAACUUCAGUGUGUUUACAAACCUGGAUGUCCGAGACGAUGAGGAGGUGGUCUGCCAGGUCUUCCUCCCGCCGAGACACGGGCAUCUGUUCCACAACAACGUUAAGGUGGAUCGUUUCACUCAGCAUGAUCUGAAGGUGGGCAGCGUUCAGUAUCGCCAUGAUGACAGCAUGAACCUGGCUGACUCCUUCAACUUCACGGUGAGCGUUAAAGAGGUGCGUCUGGAUGCCAGCGUUGGGGUGAGAGUGUACCUGGAGAGCCACCAGCAGCCCCCCACUGUACUCUACAACCACAUUGUAGUGGUGGAGGAGGGCAAGUCUGUCAAGAUAAACAGAGGAGACCUGGAGGUGAUCCAUAAGGACAGCCUCCCCUCUGAGAUACUGUACAAGGUGAAGACGGCUCCAUCCCACGGGUUCCUCCGUAGGUCAACCCAGGGAGAGGACAAUCCCUACCAGGGUACUAGAGAGGAGACCACCCACUCCUUCUCCCAGGAGGAUGUCAACAUGGGACACAUCCAGUACCUCCAGGUGGAUUCAGACCAGACCCACGACUCCUUCCUUCUGGAUGCCUCCAACGGCAUCACAGUGGUCCAUGACAUCAGGGUCUCCGUGGACAUCAUCCCAAUCCACAUCCCUCUCAAUGUCUUCAACGUGACUUUGGAAGAAGGGUCAUCCACGGCCCUGACCAAGGAGGUCCUACAGGUCACCAACAGACACUUCUCUCAGGUUGACUUCUUCUAUCAUGUAUCUGAGCCGCCAAGCCAUGGUCAUAUUGAACACGCACGCAUUCCUGGACUCUCUAUUCCCUUCUUCACACGCAAACAGGUGGAUUCAGGGCACAUUUAUUAUGUCCAUGAUGGAAGUGAUACACUGUCAGAUAACUUCACCAUUAUCGCCAACGACACAGACACCAGAAAGCACAGCCAGCCCUGCAUGGUGUUCAUCCAUGUGACGCCUGUCAACGAUGAGGCCCCAGUCAUCACAGCCAACAGGAUUCUAAGGGUAUGGGUGAACUCAGUCACAGAGAUCAGUGUAGAUGACCUGAGUGCUGAGGACAGUGACUCUCCACCGGAGGACCUAGAGUUCAUCGUGACCCCGCCUAGUAACGGUCACCUGGCCCUGAAGAGCGCCCCCUCCAGACACAUCCUCAACUUCACCCAGACACACACCCUCCACGGACAGCUGGUGUUUGUCCACAGUGGUGCCUUGUCGGGAGGUUUCCACUUCCAGGUCAAUGAUGGGGUGAACUUUGCCCCCCGACAGAUCUUCAGCACCACGGCACGCUCCCUGGUCCUCAGCCUGGAGCGGAACCACGCCCUCACAGUGUUCCCAGGCUCUGUGAAUACCAUCUCUCAGAAUAACCUUCUGGUGGUAACCAACGACAACGGUGACAUGGGAGGGAACCACUCCAUCCUUUAUAAUGUUACCAGUCCUCCAAAGCUGGGAAGACUGGUCAGAAAACAGACAGACAACUCUACUGCAGAGAUCUCCUCCUUCACACAAGACAUGGUGAAUGAGGGUUUGAUUAGUUAUGACCAAACUCAUCCUGAAUCGUUGGGAUGGAUGACUACAGACUCCUUCACUUUCACAGUGUCUUCGUCCCCUGUCUCUCUGCAACCUCAAGUCUUCAGCAUCCAUAUCUCCUAUGAGCAUGCUCCUGCAGAGCGCAACACCAUUCUCACUGCUAACACUGGUGCUGUUGUGACUGAAGGUGGCAGAGUGGUGAUUGACAAGAUGCAGCUGGAUUCCUCUAACCUGCUGGGCAAGCUGUUGGAACCCCAGCGACGUUCCUACGAGGUCUGGUACCACGUCACCUCUCUACCCCAGCACGGCAUAAUCACAGUGGGAGAACGCAACCUGACCAGCGCCAAACCCAACUUCUCCCAGUUCAUCCUGGAUAAGCUUGGAAUCACAUACCAGCACGACGACUCCGAGACGACCCAGGACUUCUUCACCUUUGAGGUUUGGCUGAACCGUAAGGGCCAGCCUCCCCAGAGACCCUCAGAGCCCAGCCUGAUAGUAACAGAGUCGUUUGACCUCACAGUGACCCCUGUCAAUGACCAGCCGCCCCUGCUCCGGACCAAGGCCCCCAGUCUGAGGCUGGUGCAGGGGGACACUGUGGUCAUCAGCCCUGAGAACCUCCUGGUGGUAGACCUGGACACCCCUCCAGAAGAGAUCCAUUACAAGGUGAUCAGCAAACCCAACAAUGGCUUCCUGUCUCUUGGAGAACAGCUGAAUGAGACAGUGUCUGCCUUCUCACAGGCGGACAUCAACCAUGGUAGAGUCCACUUCGUCCAGGACGGAGAACCCUCUUCAGGAGUGUUCUACUUCAGUGUGAAUGAUGGGUUCCACCGGCCGCUAUACAAGCUCUUCAACCUGGAGGUCACUGCAGCAACCGUCUCCAUGGUGAACAACACAGGAUUGAGGCUGGUACAGGGUCAGACAACCGCUACAUUGACAACAGAACACCUGGCUGCAGAGACCAAUGGGAGACACAGUGUGACGAUUCACUAUAGAGUGACCACACCACCACACCACGGCAGUCUUCUCAUGUCCGACCUGCCAGUCAGUGAGUUUAACCAAGAGGACCUUCACUCAUGCAGACUGUCCUAUCACAUGACGGACCUCACCUCCUCCUCAGACAGCUUUGAGUUCACAGUCUCGACACCGGAGAGCAACAUGACCGCUCAGAUGUUCAAUGUCACGGUCCGACCGCUCAUCCAUUUCAGCGAGCGUGUCCUGAUCCCGAGUGGCAUCGCCGUGAAACUGAGGAAGGUCUAUCUGGACGCCACAGACCUCGCCACACUCAGCGGCAGUGACCCUGUCUUCCACAUCCUGUCCCCGCCCAAACACGGCAAGCUGGUCAAGGUGACCUUUGACCUAUCGGACAGCGCCAAUCACUCGGUGGAGUCGUUUACCUUCCGGGACGUGGUGCAGGGCAGGGUGGCCCUACAGGAGACCCUGGUACAACAAAGACACAGCAACAACAUUGCCGAUCAAUCAACAUCUUUACUGUCCCAACUAGGGACUGCCGACAACAACACAACAGAGAUCCAUGUGUCCAUGCUCAAUGACUCCUUUUCAUUCCUUCUGAGGGCGGAUAAUGUUCAGCCGGCUGUAGGAGAGUUUUUAUUCACCAUCGUGCCAUACGAAGAGAGUUUGAACCACACGACCAGGUCACCUGGGCGCAAUCAAACCACAGGCGGCAGAGGGACUACAAUCCACUCUGCAACCCACCCUCACACCACAAACCACAAGACCCACAACAAGACCCUACAGAAGCAGUUCAAAGCCCGUCACCACUGGGGGAACCAGACCCACGGAGGUCACCCCAUGAUCCCCACCGUCCCUGGAAACACCCAUGGGAAACACAACAUCCACGGCCCCCAAAGAAUCACCCCAGUUCGGGGAGAGUCCCUGCCCCGGCCGGCCUCCGACCCCCUGCUGCUCAUCCUGCCCUUCCUGGCCUGCCUACUGCUCAUCGUCAUCCUGGUGGUCCUGAUCCUGGUGCUGCGCCACCGCAGGGAGAAGAGGGCCUUAUCCAGAGGGCUCAUCCAGGAGCUGGCGGCUGCAGCCGGAGAUGGAGGCCCAGAGGGGAGCCCCUACCUGGGCAGACCGGAGAGGAGCAUUGCGGUCCCCUCAGUGGUGGUGACUCCGCUGCUGGGCCCUAAUAGUUGCCCCGGUACUCCGGUCCUCAAUGUGCUGCGUAGGGGAACGCUGGCUCCACGGGACCCUUGUCUGCUGCUCUGGGCGGUAGACGCUGUUCCUGAUAUGGUACAGGCCCAGCAAUGUCAACACCCCGAGCCCACUCUGAGAGACAACCAGUACUGGGUGUAAUUGAUCCACAGCUCAUACCCCUACAUUGAAACAGAGAUACUAACUAAACUUUAUACUAUUGAGUAACUAUUGAGUACCCCCACACCUACUCUGAGAGACAACCAGUACUACGUCUGAUUGAACCCAUACAUACCCUGAAACACAGAGACUUGGUUUAACCUUGCACCCAAUAUACUGUAACUAUUGACUACUGAUGUUUGCAAUGUUGGUGCUGUUUGCUGGUUUCAUUGUGAACUUGAUUUUGGGUCCUUAUAUAGAAACUUCUUAAUUGGUUCUACAAUUCACCCUGUUACAAUGUUUUUUUGUGGCAGCUUACUAUUUUACUUUGGUUUUAUUGGGAUUUUAUAUUUUAUACAUUAUUUGACCAAUUAGUUUUGCGAAAAGAUGUUUCAUUAUAACUUUUCACAAUGGCUUCAAAAACCUGUGAGUUUUUUUUCAGACCAGUAAACUGUUUAUUUUUUUAGUGUAGUUGGAUAAUUCAAUUACAGUAUUUAUGCUUCCUGUUUUAUAAAAGAUGUAUGUUUCAGUUUGCGGUUACACUAUGUAGUUUACAUUAAUCUGACUAACGUAGCAAUGUACUGUACAUACACAUCUGCUUGUAGCUUGAAACAGGAACUGAGACUACAUUAGAUCUGUUUUCAAGAAGGUGCCUUUAGUUUGAAUGCAGUCAGUCAACCAUGAUGUUGUAAUGGUCACAAUGUCUUCUAGUCUGGUUAGGAACAAUAGACCAAAUACUUGACUAACACACUUUUUUGUUGUUGUAAAUAAUUAUACUGAAAUGCAUGUCUUCACUCAUUAUGCAGUAUUUUAUAACCAUAUGAUAACUUGAACACACACCUGUUCAUCACGCAUGGCAUGCCUGAUUCAGUGUUUCCAUUGGCUAGUAAAUAUGCAGCCCACUAUUUCUAUAAAAAGACUUGACACACUCUUUGUUUAUAAAUAAUGCAUGUCUUCAUCCAGUCUUUUUGUAACCAAAUGAUAACUUUAUCAUGCCUGUGCUUCAGUGUUUUAAAUGUCUGAAUACAAAGUACUAUACUUUACAUGUAAAUAAAUAUAGUAUGCAGUCAAAUAUUUCUAUGAUAAUAAAGAUGAGCUAUAAUGAGAACACAUACUACACCAGUCGAUGUGUGCUCAUCUUUGCUGCAGCCUGUAGUAAACACGUCUGUAUUUUUCUAAUAAAAUAUUUGUGUUAUAUAUA